CUCACCCGUAGCUCUACCUGCACCAUCCCGAUAGCAAGAGUGCAUUCAUAAUUGGCGUCGCCCUCACGGGACGGCCGUGCCGUGGUAGACUUUCCCGAAGCGGGCAUUCCUAAUGUUGAGAAUUUUUCGGGCCAGAACAACUCCGGCAGCGGUCAUGGUGUAUGUUCAAUUCUUAGUGGUAUUCAAGCGUAGUAACGUCUCGACCCCGGAGUGGGGACGGUAUCCUUGUGUCCGGCCACUCUUCUUACAAGUUCUUUCAUUUCCGGGGGUUGUCCGUUUGCCUCCCAGGUCAGCGCACGGUUUAGGUAAUGAGGUGAGCAACGGAUCCAUUCGGCCCAGGAAUCGAAUGGACACGACUGGCCUUUUGACUUGAUUCAGGUAGCGUGGCAAGUGGAACUCUCUGCCUGUAAUUUGAAUGAGGUAU